AGUAUUGUACUGUCCUGUAACAGGAACGAUAUCUUCGCACUGUCGUGGAGCACAAUUUUGUAGAUCAUCGCAACCUAUCGCUCGCUAAUUAUUCAGCUGCAUCCAUUGAAGCAAAGAUGACAUCGUUCGCCAUCGAUACAGGGGAUUCUUAUGAAAAAAGAUUUCAAAUUUACCGAGAAAAGUCCGGAGAAAAUUUCCGAGACCUCGAUGUCCUCAAGUCACGUCUACCAGGAGAAGCGUGUUCAAUCCUUAAGGAAACCGGUCGAGAUCGCCUAAAUAUCCUUAGCAUCGGAAGUGGCUCAGGAGAGGUUGAUUUUGAAAUUCUCAAAAUGAUUAAGGCAGAGCUUCAAGCCAAUGGUUAUGACUGCGACAAGAUGAAAAUAUUCAAUCGAGCAGUUGAACCUAAUGAGCACUACAUCAAUGCCUACGAAGCUUCAAUUAGUGAUUUCCAGAAAGAUUUAGGUGGACAAGUCACAUUUGAUCUAGUAAAGGGAGCGUUCGAAGAAUAUCUAAAGAAAAAGCCUGACUCAGUUAGGUUUGAUAUUAUUCACUGGGUACGGAGUAUCUACUAUGUGGACGCGGAGCAAGCGUUGCGUGACUGCUUCGAUACAGAGCUGAGCAAUGGAGGGAAGAUAGCUUUAGUCUUAGCCGGCGCUGAUGACCUGAUUAGCCACGUCCACAAAAUGCUCUGGCCGAAUGGAAAGCCUAUGAAAAGUGAGCCAUUUGAGCUUCAAGAUGUGGAGAAAAUUUUGAAGAUUGCUGAUAAAAAUGGAUGGAAAAACGACGUUUCUUCAGUGCAGUACUCACUCGAUGUCACUGAAAUUCUAGACGACAAAUCGAUCAUUGGGAACCUAUUGUUGGAUUUUAUCACCCAGAAAACUAAUUUCCGUGAAACUACUGAACAGCAAAAGCUGACUGAUACUUUAGAAUUGAUGAAGAAAAAUGUUGUUUUGGAGGAUGGGAAGUAUUUAGGCAGAAAAAGUAGCAAUAUAGUUUUUUUCUACAAAUAGUUCUUAUCAUACAUGAAGAAGAUUUGCCUCAAGGGAGGGGACCCUAGGGUCACUGUGCAGUAGAUGCAUUGUUAUACUUUAUUUUCCCUUGGUUUUAGAAUGAGACUUGCUAGGUCUCUAGCAUAGCUGCUAAUUAUCCCAGAAAAAUUAUAAAUUAUAAAAAUUGUUAAUUAUAUAUUCUUGAUCAAAGAUUCUGUUCUUUUUCACUGAUCUACCCUGUUUAAUUGACUAAACAAAAAAAUUCUGAAAUUUUGUUUUAAGACAGUUUUAUAUGAUUUACUGAAGAAGAUCCGUGGUCACAGAUCGAAACGUCUGUAAAAGUACAAUGAAACUGAAUAUUAUUCUUCGUGGAAAAGUGAUAAAUGAUACUUAUUCAUUUGUCUUACAAUUAAAGGUUAUUUGUAGAGGACCGCGACGUCUCGACUGCAAACUGCUAGUCAUUAUCAUGCGAUGGUGUAGACUGGUUGGUGUGUCUCUUAUACCCGUGGGGGGUAGGGGGCRGGGUACUCCCCUAUAUUUGCUAUACGGGUAUGUGCCGUCCCAUAGGGUAUGGCUUUUCGGUUUUUGGGUCUGGGGUUGGGUAUCAUUUUUGUCUGCUGGGAUAGGGUUAACGGAUUUCGUCGUUUUUGUCUGACGAAUAGACUACGCUUUCUGAUGGCACAAAAACAAUAAAAACGUUAG